CUCUCUCUCUCUCUCUCUCUCUCUCUCUUACACACACACACACACUCACACACCUACACACACACAUAUUUGAUUCUCGUAACAACAAUGGUGAAACCAAAAUCUACCAAAGUGGAAGUAAAAUGUAGGGAAGGAACGCUAGAGCAUGAAGUACCUUCCCAACAGCAGAGCAAAUCUUAUCUCUGGGAUGAAGAGCUUAUGGUUCAAUUUCUAUCGACACUUCCAGAAUCCAUUGUAUUCCAAAUCCUGUUGGUGCUUCCUGUGGAAUCCAUAUGCAGGUUCAGAUGCACAUGUAAAUCAUGGCGAGAACUUUUCUGUUCUCUUGAAUUUGCUCGAAUCCAUUAUCUCUCUCCAACCCCGCCUUCCGAGCCGUUUGCCCUCAUCUCAGUGUCCUUUGGCUUUCUCUUCCUAUGCCCCUCGAAGAACUUCAGUGAAAAAUAUUCCCGAGAGUGCCUUCCACUUGUAAAUUUACCCUCAAGAGGGAUUUUGACUCAGAAUUCAGUAUGUAGCCAUGGCAUGGUGUGUUACACGACCACGAGAGAUCGUGAUAUUGUUAUAGUUUGCAACCCAAUAACCAAGAAGUACACUGUGAUUCCAAAGUUCCACUCCAUAUUUCUACGUAUUAAAGCCUUUUAUUUCGAUCACAUGAAGAGGACUUUCAAGGUUUUGGUGUGGAGUGAAAACAAUUAUUGGAUCUUUAGCUCGCUAACCAGAUGUUGGAAAAAGGUUGUUGGGAGCCUGCCAGACUCUAUAAACAAGGAGCGGUUAUUACAUGUCCAUGGUAUGUGUUAUGGGGUGUUCUCAAAUGAGGAUGAGAAGAUGUUGUUUGCUUGGAAUAUAGAACAAGAAGAAGAAAAAUGGGAAGUUAUUCCACUUCCUUCACGAGUCACAACACAAGUCUUGAGAUCAAACUGCAGUUUGGUGGAGUGGGAAGGCUGUGUGUGCCUUGUUCAUACGCAUGAAGGUCAUGAUUUGGGGAUAUGGAAGCUAAGCAAGGAGAAGAAAUGGGAGGAGGUCAUGGAAGUGCAUAUUUACGAAACAUUUGUAUUAGGAGGAUACGAUUUCAAAUCACCUCCACACCGUGCUACUUUGGAUGUAGUUCCAUACAAUCGAUCUCUCUUCAUUGCCGAUGUUCAGAGCUGGAAUGUCGAGCUCCAUUUAUAUGAUAUCAGUGGCAAAAGGAAACUUAGCAGGGAAUUCCAUUGGCUUGCAGCACCUAGUGAAGGUGGUUUCCCUAGAAUUUCUCCCUUCAAGCCUACACUCUUUGAUUGUAAUUACUUGGGGUAGCUAAGAAUGGAUUGAUUGUAUUUCGUGCUUUAGCAUUUUGUUUCACAAAGGCGUAGCUUCUUUUGUAUACAAGGCGGUCUAAGAUACAUAUGAGGACCCUCCAAGUCCAUCAGGUAACCCAUCGAGUACCUUGUUAGACAUUGAAGGCAACAUGAGGCCUUCAAAAUUGAAUAUUCAUGAACCGGGACGCGCAAUGAGCAACUAAGUCUCUAUAUCUUGGUGAUCAGUAUUUGGAAGGCUUUAUUUGGAAGUAAGCUUGUGCCUUACCCUAGUUGGGGAAUGAAUGGGAGGAAUUGAAACUUGUUAUUUGGAGGUCCCUCUCAUCCAUGUCAGAGCAGCAGUCAAAGAGGUUGUUGACAUUUUUUUUCUCUCUAUUUUGUGCAUGAAUCUUUUACUGAGCAAGGUUUUCUUUUUAGUUAUCAAGGUUAAGACAUUUGAAUUUCAAUGUAAACCUUCUUUUUUCUUUUUCUUUUUUUCAGUAUAAAGGUUAAGGCAUCUGAAUUGCAACUCCUUUUGACUGGGGAUCUUUCAUGUUUU